AUGAGCGCCCCGCCAGCCCCCGACGCCACGCAGCCUCUAAACCUGAAGCCGGUGUCGCCUCCGCCGCGCCGCCCGAAACCAGCCCUCCAAGGCUUGAAGUCCGAGUACGUCCCCGCCGCGCGCGCGGACCUGAACCUGCUCAUCAUGUUCCACGGCCUGGGCGACAACAUGCGCAGCUUCACCGAGCUCGCGAAGAAGAUGCAGCUGCCGUACACUGCAGUGCUUGUUGUCGAGGGACAGAUUCCCGUCCCCCUCAUCCCGAACGCGUACAUGUACUACCCCGCGUUCGACGGGAUGUUCAAUCCCCUCCCGAACCCGGACGUGUCUGGCGUGCUGCCGCGAUUCCGACAACUCCUCUCCACACUCCUGGGCCAGGGCUGGCCAAAUGCCAACAUCCACCUGUUCGGGUGGCAGCAUGGGGCGACGCUCGCGCUCGAGCUCGCCUACUCUGUCGGCCGGGAGCCGCUCGAACUCCCCUCGGGCAAGGUCAGCCGGCUCGGGUCCGUCACGGCCGUGUGUGGCGCCAUGGCCAGCCACCCCGAUAAGGCGUACCACUACCCGACGCCGUGCUGCUUCUUCACACGCCUUGGGCCUGCUAUGGACGUUACGCAGAGGGAGGAGGGAGACGUCGAGCGCGCAUUUGAGCCGACGACUAUUGUCCGCGCUGAGGCGGGACGCGGGCCGGACAUGCCCCGCUCGACGGAGGAGUGGGCCGGCAUCAUGCGCUUCUGGGGUCAGGUUAUGGAGAAGCCGAUAGCGCAGAACAUGGAGGGCGUGUAUGAGGUUAAGCAGUAG